GCCCGCUCUAUCUAACAUCCAGGGGACGAGCAUUCAACAACUUGCAACUCUCAUCGCAAUCAACAAACAUCUGCUCGAAUUACUCCGCCAAGAUGGUCGUCCUUGCGGCUUCGAUUUGCACCCGUGGAGGGAAAGCUGUCCUCUCGAGACAGUUCCGAGAGAUGCCACGAUCGCGCAUAGAAGCCCUCCUCGCCUCGUUCCCCAAACUUGCCGAUAGCGGUACGCAGCACACGACCGUCGAGCAAGACAACGUCCGAUUCGUUUACCAGCCUCUCGACGAGCUCUACAUGGUUCUCAUCACCAAUCGACAGUCCAACAUUCUCCAGGACAUCGACUCCCUGCACCUGUUUGCCCAGGUAGUUACCAGCACAUGCAAGAGCCUCGACGAGCGCGAAAUCCUCAAGAAUGCCUACGAACUGCUCAGUGCUUUUGACGAGCUUGUCACCCUCGGCUACCGUGAGAACUUGACCAUUAGCCAAAUCAAGACCUUCCUGGACAUGGAGAGUCAUGAGGAGCGCAUCCAAGAGAUUAUUGCAAGAAACAAAGAGUUGGAAGCCACCGAGGAGCGAAAACGAAAGGCGAAACAGCUCGAGAUGCAGCGCAAGGAUGCUGCUCGCAGUGGUCGCGGAGCUAUGGGUGGCAUGGGCGGAAUGGGCGGAAUGGGCAGCAGUGGUGGUAUGCCCAGAAGUCCUUCCUAUCCCUCAUACAACCCCCCUUCGCAAUCCAAUACCAGCACCUACGACUCAUACGAGGCUGAGAAGAACAAGUCCUUCAGCAAACCGUUGGCUCCUAAAGCCAAGGGUAUGCAAUUGGGUAAGAAGUCCAAGACAACUGACAUGUUCGAGCGAGUACGAGGUGACAUGGGAGGCGAAAUCGACGAUUCACCUCUUGUUACCCCCGCACCCGCCCAGCAUGCCGAAGCCGCCGAACCUCGCCUCUCGUCAACCCUUGAUCGCGAUGCUAUCCACGUCACUAUUUCAGAGACUAUCUCGGCCAAGUUGUCUCGCGAGGGUGCUGUCAACUCCCUAGCUAUCAGUGGCGAUCUUGUUCUCCGCAUCUCAGACCCUAGCCUGACAAAGAUCAAGCUCGGCCUCCAAGCUGUUGCGUCGCAUGGCGUACAGUUUCGUACACACCCCAACGUUGACCGAAACCUGUUCAACGGUUCCAAGAUUAUCCAGAUGAGCAACACUGCACGUGGCUUCCCGGUCAACAACGCUGUUGGUGUUCUGCGAUGGAGGGCUUCUCCCAAGGUUGAUGACGCCAGCGCAUGCCCCAUUACCUUUACUGUCUGGAUCAACAAGGAGGGGGCCAAGUACAACAUAACGGUCGAGUACGAAUUGACCGGUAGCGAUGCCCUGAACGAUGUUAGUGUCGUUAUUCCCUAUGCAGGUAGCGAGCCUGUUGUUUCAAGCUUCGAUGCUACCUAUGAUGUUUCUGGCGACGCUCUCGAGUGGACAAUUGGCAACGUGGAUGAGGAGAACCCCAAUGGCUCAUUCGAGUUCGAGGCCGAGUCCGGUGAUGAGAAUGAUUUCUUCCCUAUGACGGUUCGCUUCAACAAGAGCACACCAUACAUUGACGUUGACGUUCACUCCGCGUCUCUUUUGGAAGAAGACGAGGAAGUGACAUUUUCCAAGGAGAUCAAGUCUCACGCAGACAACUUCUUGGUAGAAUAGACGGAACCCAAAACUCUUUCGAUUUAGGAACAGCUUCUGGGCGAAUUUACUCUAUAAAAGGAUAGGGAUAUGUAUUUGAGUAGAGCUGGAGAUAGGCAUUAGUAGGAGUGUCUUGGCGGUUUAGAACCUAAUGGCGCAACGACAAUUGAUGUUUCGUGUUUUGGUCAUUUUGUUAAUAAGUGGCCGUUGUUCAUCAUUAUUGACACAAAAUCAGCUUCCAUACAGCUAAUUAUUAUGC